UGGUCUCGCUUGCGGGUGAAGCUCGCUCUCAUUUUCCUUCCCUGGCCUUUUCGUCCAUGUUAUUGUUAUCCCUUCGUUCACAUUACCUUUUUUCACGUAAUAUACGUUUUAACAAUUCAGGUUCAGCGUUUUCACAAUUGAAGUUUCUUCGUAAAAUUUCUUAUUGUAAUCGUUCAGUGCAAGCUUCUGGCUCUAAAGUAGAAACAAAUAAUGGGACAAGCACUUUGCUGUGUUCAAGUGGACCAGUCAACAGUGGCCAUCAAGGAAAAUUUUGGAAAGUUUGCGGAUGUACUUGAGCCUGGUUGUCACUGCUUGCCUUGGUGUCUGGGGAGCCAGUUAGCUGGCCAUCUUUCAUUGCGUGUACAGCAACUUGAUGUUCGUUGUGAAACUAAAACUAAGGAUAAUGUCUUUGUCACUGUGGUUGCAUCCAUUCAAUAUCGUGCCUUGGCAGGAAAAGCAGCCGAUGCUUUCUAUAAGCUCAGCAACACCAGGGCACAGAUCCAAGCCUAUGUUUUUGAUGUUAUCAGGGCUAGUGUGCCCAAGUUGGACCUGGAUUCCACCUUUGAGCAAAAGAAUGAAAUAGCAAAAGCUGUGGAAGAGGAGCUUGAGAAGGCCAUGUCAGCAUAUGGUUAUGAAAUAGUCCAGACUCUUAUUGUGGAUAUUGAACCAGAUGAGCAUGUUAAAAGAGCAAUGAAUGAGAUAAAUGCAGCUGCAAGACUGAGGGUAGCAGCAAAUGAGAAAGCCGAAGCAGAGAAGAUAUUGCAGAUAAAGAGGGCUGAGGGAGAAUCUGAGUCCAAGUACCUGGCAGGGCUUGGCAUAGCUAGGCAGCGCCAGGCCAUUGUGGACGGAUUGAGGGACAGUGUUAUUGCUUUCUCUGUGAAUGUGCCGGGAACAACAGCCAAGGACGUAAUGGACAUGGUAUUGGUUACUCAGUACUUUGACACGAUGAAAGAAAUCGGUGCAUCAUCAAAAUCCUCGUCUGUCUUUAUUCCACAUGGACCUGGUGCUGUGAGGGACAUCGCCACUCAGAUAAGGGAUGGCCUACUUCAGGCCAACACUGUAGAUUAGUAGAGAAUUAAUUAUGUGUGUAUACAUAUAUAGAGGCUAUAUGUGAAUUAUUGCACCAUGUAAAUAAACCUUUGCAGAUACGUUGGCUGUGUUUGUGCUCACUGCUUUUAAUCUUUUGGUGGACCUACUGAAAUGGGUCCUCAUCCAGACUAAA